AUGGUCAACAGACGCUACAGCCAAGGUGCCAUUACGGACAGCGUCAACCGUACGUUAAUAGAAAUUAAAGAGACGAUGAAACAACAAAAUGAUUUAAGGGAGCGACAGAUAAAAGAAGACCGAGAAUGGAGGCUUCAAUUGGAAGCUCGGCUGAAAAAGCUGGUAAGGAUUUUAAAGUUUUUAUGCAGCGGAGCUUUUGUAUACCGAGUUUUUAAUAGUUUAUAGCGCGAUUAGUUAUACAAGAGUUGUAUUGCGUGCAUAAUAUUUGAAAUAUCACAUUUUUUUAAUUUUUAGAAAAAACGGCGAACUUUUCGUUUGUACUGUAUCAUCAUUAUAGUUGUUGUACUGUGCCUUUAUUGGGUUUCAUCGUUAGUUUAUGGGAUUUGGAAUUCUUCUAAUUAA